GUGGGUGCAGGUGGCUUGUCCACGGCUCUCCAUUGACUGGGGAGGAGCCUUCAGCAAGCCGCUGCUCACACCCUACGAGGCUGCUGUGGCCCUGAAGGAAAUCGAGUGGCAGCAGACUUACCCCAUGGAUUUCUACGCCGGCCAGUCCCUGGGGCCCUGGACAGUCAACCAUGCCAGCCACCAGCCCCAGAGGGGCACCAGCCGGCCAACGCAGAGGAAGCUGCCUGAACCUGUGGUACCAGUGGAUGCUGGUGUGGGGAAGAAAUGCACCGACUGCAGCUGUCAGGACAAGGCCCCAUUGCAGCCAGAGCACCCCUGAACCCCCAAACAAUGGGGAUAUUGGCAGGUACAGCCCUGCAGUUACCGGCCUGGAAACAAGCGCUCCCAGCUUUGCUCUCAGGAAGGGCUGUCUCUGACUUCAGAGCUGGUGAAAUGGGCCAGAUCAACAGCACUAUAGACUGACUGACUGGCACCCAGAGCAGGUACAGAGUAGGCAGUGGCAGGGCCACUCUCUCACGGCCCUGGAGAACCAUCUCUCAGUCUCUCGCCCAUUCAGCCUGAAGUGUUUCCACGGAGGCUGCCUGAAAGAACCAGCUGUAGCAGUGGUUUCUGUGAUAGGGACCAUUCCCUGGCCACUGGACUGAGAUCCCCCAUUAAGGAACAGCUGUGCCGAAACCAUGAUUAAUUUGCAUUGAAAUGUCCCGUGUGUACUACAGAGAGGUGGAAAUGGCCACGCAAAGGCCCUUCAACUGUGCUGGGUUUGGGACAUAGUCUCACUAACAGGAUGUUGAGAAGCACAAAGUUGGGAGCAGUGCCAAGGUUCCGGUUGUGUUCUGCCUGGGGAAGAUGGAUUUUAGGCCAACACACUGCUCUGUUCCCCUCAGUGCCUCAGCCCCAGUGUGUAGACAUCAAGGCUCAGCCUGGGGGCAGCAGUGAACCCUAACUUACACACUGUAGUUACCUUGAUACAUUUGCCAGUUGCAGUGGAGGGACAGAUUCUUUGUCUCUGUGUGUUUCACCGUCCAUGGUUUGCAAAAUCCUCUUUCAAAGUUG